UUCAAACGAAAUGCGGCUUUCGUUUUGAUUUGAAAAAUUGAUUAGAAUACCCCUUGAUGGUACGCCCAUGUUUUGUGCUUACACAUUUCAUUUAUAAUGUCAGUUGAUAUCAUCUCCUACGAAGAAGAGCCCUCUAAACAAUCAUCCGCGAAAAGCUCGCAGAGCUCUAACGCAACGAAAGAGAGCGAAAAUUGCUACGAAUCGGUAGCGCACAAAUGGCUCAGUACCCCUAAACAAUUCUACAGAGGCUCUUUGUUGUACGGAAACCUGCACGGCUCCGGCAUAUACCUCUACGAUGAGGCGAAGAAGAUUUUCUACAACGGGUUCUUCUACGCCAAUAAACUGGAGGGUUAUUGUCAGGUGUUCUAUCACAGCAGCAGCACUUACUUCCAAGGCUUGUUCAAGGACAAUAAAAGAUUCGGACCGGGCGUUUUGACCUACUCAAAUGGACAUCAAGAUGUGGGUUUGUGGGAUGGAUUUUCUUUGGUGAGAGUCGGUAAAUCUAACAUUAACAUUCCAACGCUUUCCGUUACCAACGAAGGCAUGGUUAAAGUCUUAAAGUACAGAAGUGUAGUAGACGUGUGUCCGCAAAAAUGCCCCGACAUAGCCGAGGAGAUACUGAAGAGUCUUGGCGCUCCCGAAUCACUCCUAGCAAAAGCUAAAGAAUUAUACAACACCGACGUUAAAAACAAAAACAGUUUGUUCUUCAACAAAACGAAAUACGACCGAUACUACCCGGAGAAAAUCCCCACCAUUGAAAUAUUAGUCGACGGGCCGAGGGACGAAGAGGUCCACCAGCCAGGAGCGCAAGUCGACACCGAAGAGGAAAUGCAGGAGACACAAAUACUCACGCAGAAAGUGGAGAUGUUGAAAUGCUACGUGGACGAAAUCGAGAAGACCUUGCGCGACAUCAAAGACGAAAUAACAGAGACUGAUAAAAAAAUCGAAUUUUGCUUGAACUGUUGCAAGGCCGAUGAAGCCGAGGACAUGCGCAAACCAACGGAGAUGUCGGUCAACGAAGACAUGAAAGAUUACAACUCAACAGUCAUGAACUUUUCAGCGAUGGGUCUAGACUGGAGCAUGUCAGAUAUCCAUUCUACCUCUACACUUUCCACUGUGGGAAUCACGAAACAAUCUAGCGAAAUGCCGAAAGAGGAAUCAGCAAGGGAAACCUACGAGAAAGAAGUUUGCGAGUGCCUCGAGGAGAUGGACAUCGAGGAUUUGCGAGAGCUCGAAGUCAAACAAAUCGAGUUGAAAAAGGACGAGUUCUUCUACGACGAAAUAUACAAGCACUUGAGCGCGGAAAUCGAAAAAAUCGAAAAAGUCUUGAAUUCGAAGAAGACCGUUCGCACCAAGAAAAUCGUGGUCAAUCAAAUGAUGGCCUGGAACAACGAAGCUUUGCUCGUCGAAAUGACAAAGCACAGCUUUGUCCACAGGAAUACCGAAUAUAUGGUGAAUUUUCGCGUUCCCUCCGUACUAUUGGGAAAUCGUUUAGGGUUCAUGGAGAUUGGUCAGCAAGAAAAAUUAUGCUACGAGUAUCUCGAGCAUUGCCACUCGUCCACCCCUUUGGGGGUGAUGCGUUACCUCGUCGAUCACAAAAUAAACGUGAAUGUGACGGAUUUCAAAGGUAACAGCGGCAUGUUUUACGCCGUUAUUAACAACAAGUUCGAGAUAAUAAGGACGCUCAUAGAAUUCGGGGCUAAUUUGGACCAAAUUAACGACGACGGUGUGACGCCGUUGGGCAUUUCGAUUCUAAAUUAUCUCUCGCAUAAACAUAAAAUUAGCAAUUGGGAGACGGCUUUUCUGCCGGAAACGACGAUGUCUCAGGAGGACCAGCAUGAUAUAAAGAACUGGUAUCCCAGCAACUCGUUUAUGUCCGUUAACGGAUUAUCAUCGGCUCAGGGUUUGGGCAAAAAGCAAAAACACAAUGUCUCUUUGAGUAGCCUGAACGCCGUUUCUUGCAUUUUCACCACCAAGUUCCCCGAAUACACAACAGAAUGUAACGUAGAAAUUACCGAAGAAACAACCAAAGAAUUCGCGAACAUAACAAAAACCAUCACGUCUCUGAUACACUUCGGUGCUAAAACGAACCUCGGCGAAGCGCCCCUGCCGACCUUCCUCAUGAGCAUUUACACCGAAAACUAUUCCAUCGUGAAGGAGUUUCUAGACAACGGCGCCAACAGCAACGCUGUCACAGCCGACGAGCGUUUAAACGCUCUUCACAUCAUAGCCAGCAACAGAUGCACCGAGGAAAACAUUUUUAUAGCCAACCUAUUGGCUUCCUACGAGUGCGAUCCGAACGCGAGAACCAGCACGACCCAUUGGCAGGACCAGAAACGACAACUUCUCGUUAACGCUUUACACAUGGAAGACAUCGAAGAAGACGCCGGUAAAAACGCUCUGCACUUGCUUUGCAUGCGAACGGAUUUCCCUUCAGAUUGUUGCGAUUUCUUCGAGAAAAUCGCAUCGUUAUUCCUCAACAAAGUCGAUACCGAUGCCACUUACUUGGGAUUGGACGCGCUGCGAUUGGCCAUGGUCGCAGGAAAUCUGAAUCUGGUGGAUUUCCUCUUGCGCUCCGGUCGUUUCGAUCCCUACAAAAACGUACCGCACGAAGGCAACGUGCUGAGCAUGUUCCUCGCGGACCGAUACAAAAAUAUCCUCUCCAAAGAGGCGAAAUCGAAGAUAAUAAAACACCUGGUGGCAUCCAACGUGAACCCGCUCACUCCGUUCGACGUCUACGGCAACGUGUUCGAGUUCAUCGAGCAGGAACUGGACACCGCCAAAUCCCCCAACGAAUUGAAAGAGACGCUCAAAGAAUUGGCCGCUCAAACGCUCUACAAAAACAUCCUCUUGAACGUCUCCAAUCUACUCUACGAUUUCGCCGAAGAGAAGAACCUCGAUUGCGAAUCGCUGAGGCCGCUGUUCAAGUACCUCACGCCCGACAGUUUCUUGGACAAUCUGAAGUUGCUGUUCAAUUACGACCGCAUCGGCGCCAAGAGGUACGACAAGAACGCGAUGUUGGACGUCAUCGAACGGGUCAAGAACAAAAUCGACCGGAAAAUGUCGGUCAGUUCUCGCAACGUUAAGGUUUUCGAAGACGUCGAUUACGACGAUCGGAUCGAUUCGAUGGAUUUCAGGAAGAUCCUGCUGCCCGACAAACAGGUUAUUCUGUUUCCGCCGGGAUUAGACGACGAGAGCAAGUAUUUGGUAUGUUUCGAAUGCUAUUCGAAGAUGACCCAAACGACGUUUACUUGCCCGAUGUGCGAGUUCGUACAUUUUUGCGACAAAAAAUGCUUCGCGAACAAUUCGAAGAGGAAAACCCAGUUCAAGCACCCGUGUCAAAUAAAAGCGCCGGAGUCCAAGGUAUCGGAGGAGGCGAUAGAAGAGAAAGAAUUGAGUCUAUUGAGCGAAUGGGAUAGAAUUAAAACGGCUCGUGCGACCAAAGAGAAGAAAUAUCUGGCUCGUUUCGAGAAACACCUCCAUCACGAAAAGUUCCCUUCGGAUGGUAAACGCAAAGUCAAACGCCACAUGGUGUCGAAAACCACAACGAUGGUAUCGUGUUUGAUCAAAAAGCACGAGACCAAACAGCAACUGAAGGAUUUAUCGCAAAAAUUACACCGAUUCAGCGCCAUGGCGAAGAAGAAAUUCGAGCCGACGACGCCGAUGGAUUCGACGGAAAUUUUAUUCAAAGAGAUGAAUGCGGAUGUGUUUUCCGGAAAAUCCGUCGAAGGGAAACCUUCGGAAGCCGUUGCGAAGGUAACAAAGAAGGCGGAGAGGGCUUUGAAAAGAGAUAUUUCCAACGCAACGGGCAAAGGUGAUAAAUCGGGCGUGUGUAAAUCCCCCUGCAUGAACGUGUCCGAUAUACUGCUGAAAUAUCCGGAUACAAUAAUUUCAUCGCAUUUCGAGCCGUUGCCCAAUUUGAAGGAGCCCUAUCUAAUCAGAAAAACGCGUAAAGUCCCCGCCAAACCGCACUUUUUCAUGGAAAUGUUGUCGAAGCUGUUUCCGGACAUACAUUUGCCGGAAAUGCUGUUGCCUUAUACCUGCUAUUCCGACGGCGGUCAUCUCUAUUACGAAUUCAACAAUACGAACCUGUUUUGCAGGAAUUACAGUAUAAUGUGAAUAAAUUUUUCCC